GGGGGAGCGAGCCUGCUAGGGAGCUUCCCCUGCACCUCUUCUACCCACCCUGCCACAGCCAGGUUCCUAUCCAGGCUUCCCCACCGCGGGCUGGAGAAGUCAGGGAGCUGGGGCGGCGAAAGAAGACCCAGCAGCAGGGCGCGGGAUCAUUUCCCCAAAGGAACCCUCAGAGACCUAGCACUGCGGAAGGAUCCAAGAAGAAGAAGCGAGCAAGAGGGAACUUAAACUUCGGACUGCAGCCCGAGAGCAGGGUGUUGGAAGAUUCGCGUCGUGUGGCCCCCAACCCCGAAGACCGCAGGGCACUGUCAAGUUGAGCAAAGUUUGGCGGCAGCUUGGAGAUAAGAAAGGGAUUCCGAAGCCGAAGCUCAGGGAGGGGCCGGACAGGGUUCCCCGUCAGGGGGGCAGCCAGCACCGCAGUCCUGACACCUGCUUCGGUGCCCCGUAUUUAGUGCCGCCAGAACGACCGGGAGGCGUCGCAGCAGCCCAACUCCCCACCCCUUUCCUUCCAGCCUUAUCUCCCCCCCAACACCCCGCCCCGGGCGCCGGUGACUCCGCCUCUCCGAGCCGGGCGGCUCUACGCCUGGAGCUGGAAAGGGAGCGCUUCCCGGGACUCGGCUCUGUUCUGAGGCUUCGAAGCCGACGCCGCCAGCUCAGGCCCCGGGGGUGGGAGCGGACUGCCCGCACAGGCUGCGCCUGGGAGCCGCCGAGAGGGGAACGCCCCAUGGGACGCCCCCGGGGGCUUUCUUCGUGCCCUGCUGCGGCGUCCCAGUCUUAGGCUCCCGGGUUCCCCACCCCGCCCCGCCCGCAGCCCGCGGCCUGUCUGGAGAGGAGUAUGAGGCCCGGGGCCCCGCGGACGCCGGCCACAGGGCGGCAGGGGCCUAGCUUCAGACCCCUGCGCCCGAGGGUGGCGGGUGAGGAGCCGCGGAAGCCAGCGAGGCGUCGGGGCGCGGAGAGGAGCGUCCCAGCCCGGGCGCCCGAAGGGCCGCGGGACCCGUGUGCGGCCUGAGUGCCGAGGAGGCGGGGGCGAGGCGCCCCGCCGUCCGGGCUCUGGGGGAGGCGGCAAGGGGCUCCGCGGCGGCCCCCGACCCCUGGCCAUCAUCCUCACGCUUCUGCUCCCGCGGGGGGGAUGUCGCGGCCCGGGCCCCGAGCGCCGCGCCGGCCCCGGGGCUGAGCUCCGGACCAUGUCCUCCCGCAGCCCCCGGCCCCCGCCCCGCCGCUGCCGCCGCCGCCUGCCGCGCCCCUCCUGCUGCUGCUGCUGCUGCCGCCGCUCGCACCUCAACGAGGACACGGGUCGCUUCGUGCUGCUGGCGGCGCUCAUCGGCCUCUACCUGGUGGCGGGCGCCACAGUCUUCUCUGCGCUGGAGAGCCCCGGCGAGGCAGAGGCGCGGGCGCGCUGGGGCGCCACGCUGCGCAACUUCAGCGCAGCGCACGGCGUGGCCGAGCCGGAGCUGCGCGCCUUCCUCCGGCACUACGAGGCCGCGCUGGCCGCCGGCGUCCGAGCAGACGCGCUGCGCCCGCGCUGGGACUUCCCCGGCGCCUUCUACUUCGUGGGCACCGUGGUAUCGACCAUAGGUUUCGGCAUGACCACCCCCGCGACGGUGGGCGGGAAGGCCUUCCUCAUCGCCUACGGGCUGUUCGGCUGCGCCGGGACCAUCUUGUUCUUCAACCUCUUCCUGGAGCGCAUCAUCUCGCUGCUGGCCUUCAUCAUGCGCGCCUGCCGGGAGCGCCAGUUGCGCCGCAGCGGCCUGCUGCCCGCCACCUUCCGCCGCGGCUCGGCGCUCUCCGAGGCCGACUGCCUGGCCGGCUGGAAGCCCUCGGUGUACCACGUGCUGCUGAUCCUGGGCCUGUUCGCCGUGCUGCUGUCGUGCUGCGCCUCGGCCAUGUACACCAGCGUGGAGGGCUGGGACUACGUGGACUCGCUCUACUUCUGCUUCGUCACCUUCAGCACCAUCGGCUUCGGGGACCUGGUGAGCAGCCAGCACGCCGCCUACCGGAACCAGGGGCUCUACCGCCUGGGCAACUUCCUCUUCAUCCUGCUCGGCGUGUGCUGCAUCUACUCGCUCUUCAACGUCAUCUCCAUCCUCAUCAAGCAGGUGCUCAACUGGAUGCUGCGCAAGCUGAGCUGCCGCUGCUGCGCGCGCUGCUGCCCGGCGCCCGGCGCGCCUCUCUCCCGGCGCAACGCCAUCACGCCGGGCUCCCGGCUGCGCCGCCGCCUGGCCGCGCUCGGCGCCGACCCCGCGGCCCGCGACAGCGACGCCGAGGGCCGCCGCCUGUCGGGCGAGCUCAUCUCCAUGCGCGACCUCACGGCCUCUAACAAGGUGUCGCUGGCGCUGCUGCAGAAGCAGCUGUCCGAGACGGCCAACGGCUACCCGCGCAGCGUGUGCGUCAACACGCGCCAGAACGGCUUCUCGGGCGGCGUGGGCGCGCUGGGCAUCAUGAACAACCGGCUGGCGGAGACCAGCGCCUCCAGGUAGACCGCCGGGCCGCGCCACGGACCCUCGGCAGGCUGGCGUGCCGCCGGCCGUGGUUAGCUUUCCUUCUCUCAGACGCUGGCGCUUUCUUAAUCUUUACCCAAUAAAAUCAAACCAAAAAAAAAAAAUUUUUUUUUUAAAGAAAUACUACUUGGCCAGGCCUGAUGUUAUCCAGGGCAGGUUUCGGGCGAGCCUGUUUUCCUCGUGGGUCCCCUCUUGAAGAACCGUGGCCCCCGACAGAUUCUCCUCCAGGGAGAGAGAAAGUGGCACCCCAGACCCUCACCCGGUGCAUACCGCAGCGAGGAGAGGGCCAUCCCUGGGUUUUGCGGACUGGCACUAAACCCCGUCCCCAUGCACAUAAGCAGCCGGCAACCCCAAAGCAUAUGGUGCAACUUCUCAUGGCUCUGAAUUACCUCCGCAUCAUUUAGAAUCCUGGCCCAGCCUAGCAGCUUCCUUCUGGUCGUCAGAAGUGAUGUAGUCACAGUUUUGACAGGUGGGGGUGGGGAGAGCCAUAUGUUGCCUACCGAUGUAUAUAAAUAGAACAGCCGCUACACACGGAGAAUGGUGUAGUAUUAUGCAAUGAGAUGAAACACAGCACCAACUUGCGGCCGGUGGCAUUUCCCCGAGAUUUGGAAAUUGGGAUGGUAAGGGGCUCAGCUGGCCUUUCUCAGCCUGGAGUUAGUGCAUUUAGCACAGCACACAGGGCAGCUACUUUUAAUGCCGGAAAUCCAGGGUGGCCGGCAGGGAGGGGAGCAAGCAGGCUGCAGGAGCCCUGCUUUGCUUCACCCAGCUGAUCUCUGAGGCUGGGGGCCCAUCUCAGAAUCCCCAAACCCUCCUUCCUUUCACCAGCGUUAUCCUUGGGAAUGCUUUUCACUACUAAUCAGGAAUGUCUGGGUCUUCUCCCACAAGAUCUUGCUUUGUUGGUGUGGAUUUCGUUUCUUAACUCCCGUUGAGCAGCUCGUUUUCCCCUUAAGGGUGCAGAGUGCAGCCUCUGGAACCCCCUUCUCCUCCUCUGAGUCAGGGCUCCACAGCACCAGGAACCCACACCAGCCAUCCUGCAAAUGUCUCAGAGAAGUUGGUUCCAGAGCCCAUAAUGUUUUGGGGACAGAUCCCAUUCUAAACCCUGUUUGGCCCCCACUGAUAGUCAAGUGAAUUUGUUUUCUCCACUCACAGUCUGUGUUGGAGGUGGAGGAAGGCGGGGGGCGGGGGGGGGCUGAUGGAAGGGGUGGAUGGAAGCGGUUUUGGAAUUAGUUUUGCGAUGGACGAUCCUCAAGCUGAGGGACCGGUUCUCCACCCUCUGCUGCAGAGGGGUCCCUGACCUCGAGGAAGGUCAGAUGCUGUUUUCAUUGAAAGGAUGGGGUUCUUGAACUGUGAAGGAACAAUGCUCUGUCGGCCCAUUUUCCUCAUCUACAAAGAUGAUCCCAAGGACAAAUGCCAGAGUCUAGUCAGACACCGUGUGACCCACCAGUAUCUACAGCUUCUGCCAGGAAGUCUUAGAAAAGCAGCAGGACGCCUCACACCGCAUGCCUGCGAAGCAUGGGAAGCCGUGAAAUCUCCCUCCCCGGCAGUGAAGGAAGCAUAUGUGCCUGGAACACACACACAUGCACACACACCCACAUGCACACACAUGCACACAGCAUUAGGAGUCCUGCUUGAAUGUCAACCUCCCCUCUCCCCCUUCAGUUCAUGACCAGAAGGGGAAAAUGUGUUGGGAUCUGAAUGACUCCCUAGCUACUCAAGGUAAUUUCUCACUGGGAUUGGGAUUGGGAUUUCAACACAGGCCCUAAUCUGCAGGUGAGGCCAGUGAGGCAGAGUGGCCAGGAGAGAGGUCAGUCUUGCUAAAUCCUGAAGGGUAGGCUUCCAGAGAGCCACACUUCAGGAGUCACCGGGACUCAGGCAGCUGGUGGCACCCCUGCCCUGCCCGAGCCACGGCUUCAGUCACACUGCAGUGACAGCACCCCAAGAGAGGCACACGCCCUUUAGGCCAAGGCUCUCUCGGAGGGCCUAGAAAUUAAGUGCCACGCCCAUCCCUCUAGGAGAAGGGAAGAUGAAAAGGCAUCCAAUUAGAGGUGUCACCCAGGCAACGAGCAAUAACUUGGGGAUCUGAAGCAUACGGGGGGGGGUGUGAGAUUUCCCCAUGAUGGAGGCAUCUAGACCACGAGGACUUGACAGCAGGCAAAACAGCAGUCAACCCAGGUGAAGUGAGCCCCAGCAACAGUGCAGGAAGCUUAAGACCUAGCUAACGAGGUUCUCUGAGCUAGACAGGCCGAAGAGGUGUCCAGGGGAUCCCACUGACCAGUGCACAGGACUGCACAGAACCGUGUCUCCACGGGAGGGAGCAGGACCCACCUACAGAGAAGAAAAGCUCACAACCUUCCUUGGCAUUCUUCUCUGUCAGCAGUGCUUCUUAAAGUCUAACCUAAAUUGCUCAUGCUGCAGCCUUAGCUGUUUUCACUUCUAUGCUUUGCCUUUGGAAGGAGACAAUUGUGAGCAGCUUGAGCAAGCUUCUGAAGGAGCCAUAAGCCUGGCUUAAUGGGGACAGGGAAGGGACCCUUCCUUCUCAUCAACCUCCCAGAGAAACACCAGCCCUCCAACAUACAAAAGUAGCUCAGGAUCCCAUGGCGUGCUUGUAUUUUUGCCCAUGUUCCCCUAGUCCCCCCACCCAAAUUCAUUCCAUCGUUGUCCUUCACCUCAGGCCAAAGAGCUCAGUGCCCCAAAUGUCAGUGGCUGCUUCUUGGGGGGGAAAAGACGGGCUCCCAAAGUUAGGGGGAUUGCUGGAGCCUAGACCCCUGCCUCAAGCUUAUUUGGCCAUCCUGCGGAGCGUUGAGUACCAGGACUGGGAUUCUACCAUCAUUUCGGGAAUAAUGAUGUUGAUAGGAAACCCUUUCUUUGGUGCAGGUUCUUCUGAACCUCAGGCUAAGCAAAGGCUCCAUCCUCUUAGAUGCUGUGGCUUCUCCCUCCAUGUGGGGAUCUCCAGUUUGACCCACGGCUGGUAGCUCCUAGCAGUCUAUGACUCCCACCCCCCAACUCCCGGGAUUGCUGUCUCACCUUAGGCCUAUACUCACCCCUCUGGGGCUGGGGCUGUGGGGCUCUAAGCAGCCCUUGCCACCUGCUGUGGUGACACAGAGGCCAGGGUCUUAGUGAGCAGCUGGGACUUCUCUGGGAUGAGCAGACAGGUAGGGAAGCCACCCCCCCCCCAUGUCCUUGCUUGCUGAUGAGGCCAGGUGGUCAGGCUCCUCUGUCCUCUGGUUGAAGCCAGAGCCCCCGGGGCCUGGAGAAAAAGUCAGAAGGCUCAGGCUGUGUCAGGCCCUCUGCUUGUGGAAAAUGCCAGACAGUCCUGGGCAUUUGCCCAGGAGCUUCACACAUCACAGCAUCAUGUGUACUUACACGCGUGCGUGCACACACACACACACACCAGCCUUACCAAGAGCUACUAGCCCCUUUCCCCAAGGAAAAAUCCCAGUCUAGAUCACGUUGAGAAGAAAGCGUUCCCAUUUUUAACUCCCUGGAGACUAGGGCCUGGAAAAUUCCUCUCCGCCUUGGGGGAGUUUCGCGUACAUUUUGCAUGAAUUUGAAUCUGUGUUUUACAUAGAAGCCAGCGUCCAAACCCAAGCCAAACCGUGGAAGAUAGCUGCUAAAUUUACGCAGGCUCCUCCACCCCUCAGAUAGGCCUCCUAGCAGACGCCCUCUUCCUGUGUGCUCCGGGGUGAGGGUGGCUGAGCCCUCACAGCCAAAGGAGAGGCUUCUGGGGAACCGAGGCAGAUGGAAGCCCACAGAGGUGGCGGCGGCCCCAGGAGCUGUGGGCCAGCGGGUUCCGUCUUACUGUAACUUUUUACCUUCUUAACAAACGAAAAGCACAAUUCCACCUGCACACUGUCUGGAAAGCACAGCCAGACAGACUGCUUAGGGCCCUUCCGAGUCCGGAAGAGGCGCUGGGGCUUCUCUGUUGCAGGGUUGCGGUACUGCGAGCUCCUCGCGGGGCGGCCGGAGGCGGCACGCUCUGCGGGCCGGGGUGGGGGAAGGGCUGCGGAGACCAUUCCCGAGCCAGGGCCGGCUCCUCCGCGCGGACUCGGGGCCUGGACUCGUGCCCCCUCCCAGGAGCAGCUCUGGCACCUUCAGGCACCUCCUUAAGCGCUGAGAAGCGAUGGGAUUUCUGUACUCACGGGGCCCGAGACCCUCCUCCCCUUUCCUUCAGCCUCUUCCUCCUCGCCCCCCCCUCCCUAGGGAAGCUCCCCCUCGCUUUACAGAUCAUUUUCUAUGCUACUGUGUUCUCUCAGGAGGGGGGUUAGAGCAUGCGGGGCAAGCCUGCAGGGUUUCUUAAACAAUACAUUUAUUUUUCUGAGCAGUACUCCAAGAGAGGAGUUGAAGGGUGUUGAAAUUAACGAUGAAUAAAAUGCAGCCUG